AUGGCAGGAUCAGUACUUGGAUCGGGAGCCAUGAUGAUGGUGGUCGAUCUCUUGUGUGCCAUUGCCAUGUGCCUCUGUUUGAACUUUUGUUAUUUGCGGUACAUGAAGAAGCGUCAUCGAGAGUCGGAAAUGGACUUGGAAGCGCAAAUAGCAUUAGAAGUGGAGAGUGCCCGAGUCUUGGAGCACCGGCUUGCAGCAAUACGAGCACAGGGAAGAGCACAGGGAGGAGCACUGGGCAACAAUAAUCCCAAACAUCAUCGUGAUUAUGACGAAGAUACCAUGUUGCACUUUUUUCAUUUUGAGACCAUUGACAAUAAGAACAAACAUUAUGGCAAGUCUAAAACAGUUCCUCGUGUCACGACGGCGACGGCCACGAAAUAUCAAAUGUCAUCUUCUUCUCCUUCUGAGGAAUCCAACAAACAUGAAGAUUCCGCCCUCGGCCACCACGGGGCCACUGGUAGCAGUGAUGCAAGCAGCAAGACUACUGAUGCCAUUCAUAAAAACGUGGAUGAAGAAAAAGUUGGCACGACUUCUAGUGUCAGUAUACCUCAGAAUGAUCAGAAUCAGAAUACAUCUUCAAGUUCCCGUUCCUGCAUCCCCGCUGGCUUACCACAAGAACCACCACCACCAUCGGCUUCUUCAAUCAUCCGACCAUUGGAUAUGAUUCGACAACGAUUUUUUGGUAGUGGCCAAAACAAAGAUGACACUCGAAGUAAAGGUCAUUCUCAGCACAAUACGGAAGAAGGAGUCCUGGAAGAAGCGAACGACGACGACAACGAGGACGAGGACUGCUGCUGCAUUUGUUUGGAAGGAUACGAACACGGCGAGGUCAUUUGCACAUCCAAAACGGGGUUUUGCAAUCAUGUGUUUCAUAAAGAAUGCCUAUUUGAAUGGGUCAAGAAGAACCAUGACUGCUGCCCACUUUGCCGAACCGUUUUGGUGAAGGAGUGUUGA